GAGGCGGCGCAUGACGGCGGCAGAACAUCAGUUGCCAAAGGCAGUGCUAUCGGGCAUUUUGUAUGCAGGUGAUGCUGCUCACCUACAUUGCCUUGCCAUCUCCCCAUCCUGCCAGAGGGGCUUGGAAGGGAAGACCUCUAAGUGUCUGGAGUUGGCUGCUUUAAGACUUCAUGAGCAUUAACUUGGCAGCCUCCUUCCAAGAUUACGCUUGGAACUGUGUCUUCUGACAAGUGGUAGACCUUGAGAAAUGGAGGUUUGAUAGCUGCAGAGGAUCGUUGAUUGCAAUUUCCUCUAAGUUGCAACACCAAAAACAAUGGCGAACGAAUAUAUUAAAAACUGCUGUAAAUGGUGUUUUUAUGUGGAAAAAGAAAAAAGCAAUUCAGUUUCCAUGGCGCAGGAAUCUGAAGCUGUACCCGCAAGCAAGCCAACUAUUGUACAGCAGCCUCCAUUGUCUUCAGUGUCAGUGAAGCGGCAAGUUGGCUGUUCUGAGGAUUAUCUGCUUUCUAAACUGCCCCUGGACAGGCAGGAGGUACCGUUUGUGGUCCCGCCAUUCAAACUAGCUUACGUACAGCCAAAAAGCCUUCCUAGUACCUCACAUGCUGGAGGAAUUCAAGAAUCUGCCAGAGCUUCUUUUGGUGACCGGAAAGCAGAACUGUGCGGUGUGUACCAGUGGCCCCGCUAUGAUGUGUACAACCCAUUCUAUUUGGAACAUCAUGUUUCACCAGACCAGAUUAGGCGUUUCCAAGCCAAAUCAGAUAAUAGGAAAUUAUAUGGAUCAGUUAGUGAUUUAAGAACUAGUGCUUUGCCUGGAUCACUUGAUUUAAGUCAUUCAAUGUUUGAUCUCAGAAGCCCACCUCAUCGAUUCAUGAAGAGAUACGAUUCAGUCUCCAGUGUACCUAGCAGCACCUCCUCCAGAAAGGAUUCACAUGGCAGUAACAGGAGUCUGGAUACCAUUACGUUAUCAGGUGAUGAACGAGACUUUGGAAGACUGAAUGUAAAGCUGUGCUACGUUCCUUCUGUGGAGCAGAUCUGGAUCACAGUUUUGCAUUGCAAAGGGCUGAGCUGGCCUUCCGGUUGUGGGGAAAAUCCUCAAAUCUAUGUCAAGGGAAUUCUCAUGCUGCCCAAGCCUGUGCAGUUCAAAUCCUCUGCAAAGGAAGGCUGCAAUGACAUUGAAUUUAUGGAAACUUUUGUAUUUGCUAUUAAGUUGCAAAGUGUUCAAACUGUCAGACUGGUAUUCAAAAUCCAGACGCAGGCUCCUAGGAAAAGAACGAUUGGAGAGUGCUCUUUGUCACUGCGGGAGCUCAGCGCAGAGGAGUCAAAUCAUUGGCUGGAUAUAUCUCCUCCUUCCAAAGCACCUGUGUGCCGCACAGAACUUCAAAUAGGAAGUUGUUUUCAAGCAAUAAACAGGAGGAUUCAGUUACAAAUUCUUGAAGCACAAAAUCUUCCAAUUUCAUCUACGCCGCUGUCUUUAAGUUUCUUUGUGAAAGUUGGAAUGUUUAGUACAGAAGGGCUGAUCUAUAAGAAGAAGACUCGUCUUGUCAAGUCCACUAAUGGCCAAGUGAAGUGGAGAGAAAUGAUGAUUUUUCCAGUUAGCCAAGCUGAACAAGGAAUCAGUUUUCUUAUCAAACUCUACAGCAGAAGCUCAGUGAGAAGAAAGCACUUUCUAGGACAGGUCUGGAUAAGUUCUGACAGCAAUAACAGUGAAGCAGUAGAGCAGUGGGAAGAUACUAUUGCAAAUCCUGAAAAAGUUGUUAUUAAGUGGUACAGCCUUGGUCCGUCUUGAAGACUGGAGAUGAAACUGAGGACUUCUUUUCCACAAAGAUAUUCUUAUGCCUUUCAAAAUAAUAUAAAUAAAAAGAAAAAAACAUUGUUCAAUGCACAAA